AUGGAAGACAAAGGACCCCUAAUCAUCGCGGCCUGCUGGGCCUUCACAGGACUGAGUCUCCUAUUCGUGGCCGCCCGGCUAUUCGUUCGACUCGCGGUAUACAACAAGCUCAUGAGCGACGACUACUGGAUCAUUCUCUCGGCUAUUUGCGCGGUCUGUUCAAACACACUAGUCAUCUUAUCAGUCCAUUGGGGCAACGGGCAACACUGGAACACUCUCGACAAGGAACACCAGCAAGAGGUUAUGAGAUGGAUGAUCGCUGCAUACGUGCCAGGAAUCGAGACACUCGGCUUCCCCAAGUUGGCAGUCGUCUGUCUUCUCUCACGCCUUCUCGCGCCUGGCAAACUGCACCUCCGGAUCUUGUGGGCCCUCAGUAUCGGCUGCGUCAUAUCACUCACCGUCACGGUGAUGACGCUGAUACUGCAGUGCUCACCUCCAAGGGCUGCCUGGAACUUUGAUAUGCCUAGGAACUGCGUCAGGCCAAAGGUCAUUGAAGGUUUGGCGUUUUGGGCGAGUUCAUGGUCCGCGUUCCUCGACUUUUACCUGGCCAUUUAUCCCGCUGUUGUGCUUUGGAGGCUUCAAAUGUCCAUGAAGAAGAAGAUUGGUCUCACGAUUGCCCUGGGCAUGGGAGUGAUAUCGGGUUGUGUUGGCAUUGUGAAGACGACGGGCAUACCUCAAUUCUUGAGUGAGGACGUUAGCUAUGAAUUAUGCGAACCUCUGUACUGGACAUCCAUCGAGGGUAAUCUUAUCAUCAUCGCAGCCUGCAUCCCGAUCCUCGGUCCCCUUCUCGAGAUGUUCAAAGGCCGCCCAAUCUGGCGCACCGACAAGAGCUCAAGCAACCGACAGUACGAAGACUACAGCAAGCAAAGCACACAGAAACAGCAGGACGCGAUCGAGCUUCGGAGCAAACAUCGGAAGAAGGUCGAUGCGUAUGGAUUCACCAUACACGCCAAAGACGAAAGCGAAGAAACUAUUGUGCAUCCGGACAAGCGCUCCGCGAGCGCUUCGUCCGAUCGAAGGAGUGGCGGCUACAGUCAGGAGGAGUCGGAACACCACCAUAACCAUCACCGCCAGCAUCACCGUCAACAUCAACACCGCCACCACGGCGGGACGUACCAUAAUCAUGGGGAGCAUCAGAUUGUAAAGAGUACUGCGAUCACCGUCACUUAUGACCAAGGGGAGGAGGGGCCAACGUCGGCGGCGACCAGGUGGGCUGCUAUUUAG